CUUCAUGCUGGGGAGCUUUGACGACGCUUGGCAGGCAGCAUGGCCAUGUCGAGUUGCGGAAGACGGAAGAGAGACAGACAAUCGAGAAAGUCACUAUGCUUCUACGAGUGCCAUUGGCACGGAGGCCCCUGUCGCCAAACACUUGCGCCCGCAUAGUCAGUUCUGGAUAUACGCCAUCAACACCAUGGCCUUCCGCAUCGUCAAUCAUUCGCGCGCAACCAGCCGGUGUCGCAUGCGCACGCCUUGUCCAUAGCGAACGACUCGCCCACAUAUCCAAGAGCAGCUCAUACACACCGGAGCGCGUACAAGUCAGACAUGCGACCAACUUGGCUUCAAGAACAGCCAUCAAUCCUCCUUCAAAUGUUCCUGCCGAAAACCAACAACUCUACGCUUCUCUGGACCGUCUAAAGGACAUUGCUAGCGAUUAUGUAAACCAGAGCCGACUACAACUAGCCCUCAGAGGACUGGAGACUUCGCGACCUACUGUCAGGAUCGGUCUGCUUGGGCUGGGACAAGAUGGCGACGUGGCUGCUAGGAAGCUUGCCCGAGUCUUGCUUGCCGAUGCGCUUGGAGAUGAGGGUCAAUGGGAGAAGAUGCUCAAGCAACCGUCGCAAGAUGGCAAGCCUUUGCUUCUGAGAUACGGAGCCGAAGACGACAUCCCACCCAUGAACCCUCUCGUAAACGAAUUGAACAUUCCCUCACGCGUCUUGGAGAAGAACAACCUAGAGAUCCUCAUCACAACCUUGAACACUCCCAGCGAUUCCAACAUUACAGCCGAUCCGUCAGGACUGGCAGAAGCCAUCUUGGUACCUCCGUUGCAGACUCCGGUGGCUGCAUCUGGUCGCACUGGCUUCGUGCGCUACCCUGUCCACAAAGCCAUAGUUGUUGGAGAAGGUAUUCAAGGAUGCAUGGACUUUGGUCGUCUUUCGAGUGCGCUGGAAGCCACAACUCUGGGUGUCACAGGUGCGCAGGAGGGUCUUAUACAAGUCGCUCUGAGUGUGCCGCGAGACAGCCCUCGCACUCAAACCAACGACACCGGUCUCAUCUCUCCCGUCGACAUUGAUCAAGCCGGAGUCGCUCUUGAUUUAUUCCGUGAGGACGUCGCUAACAGUGCCAUCUUUAACACAAAAUGGCAAGCGAGCAACAUUCAAUCUAUUCUCAAGUUCAUGGCCUCUGACCCCAUUACUGGCAAUUCGAUCGGCCUGCGACCUACUUUGAAAUCACACAUUCGUUCAACAUUAGACUCAGCAACCGACGCCAUCGCUCUGUCCGAAAAGGUCGCCAGCGCAGCCGUGGUCUCAAACAGCAUUCCUGAACAAAAGCGUCAAGAAAUUUCACAAGCAAUUUCAGCAUGGGCACAACACGCACACACCGAUCUCCAAGUCUCUCUCGCCAACGCCUUAGCUUCUCGCUCAUGGCGACGAACGACAUGGUCACGGUUGCUCUGGCGUGUGGAUGAUGUAGGUGUAGCAGCUGAAGAAGUGCUUCGCUCGCAUUGGCUGCUUGAUGCGGAGUCCACCCUCGCUUUCCUCGCCGGUAGAAUCGAACAAGCAGGAUUCUUCCGCAGUGGUGGAGGCAUAGCGAAUUUCAAUCCUGAUUACGCUAUGCAUGCUUCCGACCGCGCUAUUUCCAAAUCAGGCGCACCCAUCUCCAAAGAACGAGCUUUCCUUGCUCCCGCACAAGCUUCUUCAACACCAUCCACAUCCUCAAAAGGACUUUUGGGCAAAUUCUUCACCGACAAGGUCCCUCAACCUUCUCCCGCAGAUUUGCUACAGACGUCUUCACAAGUCGCAAAAGUGGAACAGGAAGGCGGCAUCAACAUCUUCCACACCCGCCCCUGGCCCUUGGCCAUCCACUUCACACGUCAAAAACUGCUCCACACCCUCGUCCCUUCCCUACAAGCUCGCGCGCAAUCCCUGCUCGCUCAAUCCCUCACGACCAUCUCUGCAACCUCUGCUCUGGGCAUCUGGCUCUACAUCGCCACCGGUGGCAGCAUGAUUGCCGAGGCUGGAGCCAUUGCUGCUUUGGGCUUGGUCUGGACUUUGAGGCGGCUGCAAAAGAAGUGGGAGGGUGAGAGAGAGUCAUGGGAGGCGGAGGUUAGAGAACAUGGAAGGGUUGUGUUGAGUGAAGUUGAAGAGGUGUUGAGGAGUGUGGUUAGAACGAACGAGAGGGGCACUUUGAGGAAUGUUGAUAUGGAGGAUUGGCAGAGGGCUAGAGGGGCGCUUGAGAGGGUCGAGGAGGCUUUGCAAGAGGUGAAAGCGGGAAACAAGGAGUAGAGUGGAGGUUGUGAAGUAUGAGGGCUGUGUGCAUAUCCCAGAUGUACUAGUAGUGAGUUAUAUGAUGACAAAAAGUACAUGAUUGCC